GAUAUGUGACUUUUCAUCAAUUGCAAAUUCUACUGUCACAUGCUCAGGUGUUUUGCAUCAGAUACCUGCGCACUUGGCCCCGCCCACUCAGACCUGCUUCAUUCCCUUACAACCAUGGCAGCAGAGACAGAGCGAGGAAUACCUAUAAGCGCAGUUAGUCCACGUUAUCUGCAUACAAACUCUACAAGCCACACUGGGCCCUUCAGCGCUAUAGCAGCCCUGAUUGACAAUGCUUAUGACCCAGAUGUCAGUGCAAAGCAAAUUUGGAUAGAUAAAACAGUGUUCAAAGGCCAGGACUGCCUCAUCUUCAUGGAUAAUGGAAAAGGCAUGGAUUAUGACAAGAUGCACAAAAUGCUCAGUUUUGGCUUCAGUGAUAAGCAAGCAGUAAAUGGCCAUGUUCCAGUUGGUCUUUAUGGUAACGGGUUUAAGUCCGGCUCCAUGCGCUUGGGGAAGGAUGCUAUCGUGUUCUCAAAGAAAGACAACACCAUGUGUGUGGGUCUUCUGUCACAGACUUACCUCGAGAGGACAGGAGCACAGAAUGUCAUAGUGCCUAUUGUCGCAUUCACAACCGCUGAACAGACUGUACUCGGUGGUCCACGGAAGUAUGAAGAGUGUCUCCAUGAUAUUCUCACCCAUUCUUUGUUUAGCACUAAGGAAGAACUGCAAACUGAGUUCAGUGCCAUUAAUGGCCCAUUCGGCACCAACUCCACUGGAACUCGCAUAAUCAUCUGGAACCUUCGCAGAAUGUCCUCGGGUGAAUUGGAAUUUGACUUCUUGAAGGAUCGCUAUGAUAUCCGGCUCCCUGUUGAUGUUAAUGAAGGCAGCAAAGAGCCAAACAAGGAGCCAGAGAGCCAGAUAUCACCACCUAAGAGUGAAUAUUCACUGCGGGCAUACUGCAGUAUCUUGUACCUAAAGCCUAAAAUGCAGAUUAUUAUACGUGGGCAGAAGGUGAAAUCUCAGCUCAUCUCCAAAAGCCUAGCAUUUAGCAUUAAGGACAUGUACAAACCCACAUUUCUCAAAACGGGAAUUAAAAUCACCUUUGGCUUCAACACAAUAAGCAAAGAACAUUAUGGAUUGAUGAUGUACCACAACAACCGCCUCAUCAAAGCCUAUGAACCUGCUGCCUGUCAGCGUAAGGCCAACAAAACAGGAAUGCGAGUUAUUGGGGUAAUAGAAUGUGACUACCUAACACCAAUGCACAACAAACAGGACUUUGAGAAGACAGAAGAAUACAGGAAAACUAUACAAAAUGUAAGUACUAAGCUUGAGGAAUAUUGGAAGGAAGUCCGCUAUAGAAGUCAGAAAUCCAACUGCAGUGUACCUGUUGAAGAUGAUGUGAGUUGUACAGUUGAAGAGGAGCCAGAGGAUGAGGAUGAUGAACCCGGAUACCAUAAAGCUUACAAACAGGAGAAAACUAUACAAAAUGUAAGUACUAAGCUUGAGGAAUAUUGGAAGGAAGUCCGCUAUAGACGUCAGAAAUCCAAUUGCAGUGUACCUGAUGAAGAUGAUGUGAAGAAUCCAGAUCAAAUCUGGCUGCAGUGUGAUGAUUGUAGGAAUUUUCGAAAACUUCCCGAUGGCAUUGAUUGGUCUCAGCUUCCAGAUCAGUGGUUCUGCUACAUGAACCCUGAUCCCCAGUUCAGGAGUUGUACAGUUGAAGAGGAGCCAGAGGAUUCGGAGGUUGAACAACCCAGAAACCAGAAAACUUACAAACAGGAUGAGAAAAAUCAGAAGUUGCAAAAGGAGAAGAACAGAGAGCAGAGCCCUGUUGAAGGAACACCUGACUCCCUCCUCAACUCCAAUCCCCAGAGACAUGCAAGCUUCUGGUCUCAUCGAGUCCCCAUUCACUGGCCAUUUUCAUCAAGGAAGAAGAGAGCCAUGGGCCCAAGCCAGGAGAAUGAAGAAAUGAAGAGAGCCAGAAUAAGAGACUGUUUUGGCAGCAACACACUAAGCAGGCCAUCAACAUCCACAGCCUCACCUGAGUUCUGUUCCUCACCAAUCCUAGACAAUCGUGAUGGUAAUGGUGAUCAAGCAGCAUGGAAAGAUAACAAAACAGCUUUUCUCCUUAGAUACCCAGCUUUGAAGCUGGAAAAGAAGGAUACAGAAAAGAUGGAAAAAGAAAAGUGGAGCAAAAAUGAAAAAAAUGAUAGCAAUCCUUCUGAACACACACAGGUGGAGAGUCUAGAAAAGGUGCAUUACAAUUUGUCAACCUCCUGUGAGAGCCUGAAGAAAGCUUUAGAUGACAUGAAGAGAGAAAUUGAAAAGGUCAAGCUAUUUGCAGAAGAUCAAGUGUUCCAGACAAAUUUUCCUAUAUGCUCCCAUGAAGAAAGUACAGCAACUGCAGCAGAAGCCUCCAACUCAGGAAGAGGGACAGAUAACAGUAACCUACAGACAGACAAACUCAAAUUAAGAGAACUCAGACAAACAUUGGCCCGUCUGCUGGUCACUCUCGCCCCUGAUCUGGACCUUCAGCUGGUGAAUUACGAUUGCGAUGCCAUUGAUGAGAUUCUCGUUCAGGUUGUAAAUGAGAUCUCCCCUACAGAGACGGCCUCUACAUAGAAAAAAUGGUGACCAGAAGAGCAAAAACCUUCAAGCCACAUUAAUCAUUUGGUUGUUUUAAUGCAUAAAUAACUACAUACACUGUUGAUUUUGACAAAACAUUAAGAUUUUUAUUGCAUGGCUUGUGUUUGAUUAAGUGGAAUGUUAGAAAUUGAUUUGGACCCAAGUUUACCAUCAAUAACAUUUAAUUACGUUUAUAUAAUUAAUUCAUGUGUCUAUACAAUCAAGAAAACAAAUUAUCUUACUAUAAAUGUUUUCUUAAAGAUUCAAAAUUAUUCAUUCUUUUGUAAUGCCUAAAUUUUUCAAUGUUUCUUUUUUCUUAUUUUAUUAUCCUCCUGGUAUGUUUUUGUAACUGUCUAUUCAUAAAUGAGGGCAUGGUACACAAAAAAUGUUUUACUUCUUUUUUCCCUUUUUGUGGUUUCCUUCACUAUGGUUACUGACUUCCUGUUUCUGCCAAUGCUUGUGCACCAUCAAAGAAGUGUCCAUUGUUAUGCACAUCAGUGUAGGAUAUAUCCUGUUAUCAUUCAAGACUUUAGAGUUUGAUGUAAAGUCUACAAACUUUCUAAAAACUAGUCAUUUUCUUGCAAAAUAUUAUCAAUAAAUAUACCCACUCCUAUUGAGAUGCAUCAUUUCUUAAGACGCAUCAUUUCUUUCCAUUUAAUUACUCUUCCAUUUAUACCCAUUUAA